AUGUUCCCCGCUGCGCGCGUAAUUUACUUCUUACUGUCCGUGUUACUCCUCGCCCAUGGAAUCUCCUGCUGGUCAGACGAAGGGCACAUGCUCGUAAGUGCCAUCGCAUACCAAGGGCUCACUGAUCAAGAAAAGUUCGUGCUAGACAAAAUUUUUGAAAACUACAAAGAAGACAAGGAUUUCAACGACCCCGUAACUGGAGCAAUCUGGCCUGACCACAUAAAGCCAAUUGAUUACCACUACCCUUAUAAUGUUAGGCGAAUAGGAGGGAUCGACCUAAUGAACAAAUGGCACUACAUAAGUAAGCCAUACAACCCCACGAAUGUUAUCCUGAAUGAAUACCAUGAGAAAUUUUACCAGAACACGGAUAACGCUUUAAGUGUAAUGAAGAACAUAUUUACUUCAUUAAAAAGUGUGAAGAGAAAAGAAAAUCAUGGGAGUUUUUUUUCCUACAAUUUUAACUUAAGAUACUUUAUUCACAUUUUCGGGGAUAUACAUGAGCCAUUACACACUAUCAAUUUUUUCAAUAAACAUUUUCCUGAAGGAGAUAACGGAGGAACUCAAAUUCAUGUAAUGUAUGAUAAGAAGGUGGAAAAAUUGCAUUACUUAUGCGAUCGCAUUUUUCAUUCGAGAAGUAAAAAAUGGCCCACCUCUGGGAAGAAAGAAAUGAUGGAAGAAGCAACUGCCUUGAUGAAGAUAUACCCCCCUGAGUACUUUGGAGACAGAUUAAAAAAUGAUUUAAGCGAUUUAGAAUAUCUAGAUUUUAUCAUUAAUGAUAGUUAUAGCAAGGCGGUCAGUAGCAUUUAUUCUAACUUCCCCCUUGAUACUCUUAACAAAAAAACUUCCUACGUUCUCGAUAAUUUUUCUGUCGUUAGUUUAAAGAAAAUGUUGAAUGAGCAGAUAGCUCUAGGAGGCUACCGCUUAAGGCGGUACUUAAAAAUUAUGAUUGAAAAUGUGCCGGAGGACCUCGUGAAGGUGCAUAAGUACAUUAAAUAG